GUGAAUUGGACGCCAUACUCGCUAGCCAGCGAAUAAAAGAAGAGACACAGCAAAAGUUGAGUCCAAUUUUGAUGACCUUCAAGUAACAGGAAGACAAACGAAUACUCCUAUAUCUCGCAGCAUGUAAUCACGGUCGAAAUUUUUUGCUAAGUAGUGAAAAAGAAUUAGGAACAAGCAAAAUAUUCGAUUGAUUUCCGACGCCAGCUGAAGCACAUUACUGCGCAUGUUUCACUAUGUUAUGCUCCAAUCUCCACUCAUCUUUCAAUAUGGCGACUGCGAUCAACAGUUUAUUCGUUGAUUAUAUUAGCUGGUAAAACGCUUUUCUGGUUGACAUUGAAAUGAUUUAUUGGACAAAACUUCAUUGUUAUGAAAUUGUUUCCUAGAUGCAACGUGGAACGACGCAAUUUCAAGUUUAAUACAUGUAGUAUGAACUGAUUCAUAGUUUGUGGGAUCUAUCAAUUAUAGAUUGUUGAAACUGAGUUUGUUGAACAAGUUUUAAGGAAUAUGCCAGCCCUGAUCGCUUUUAAACGCCGGUGGCGCAUUGGUAGCGAUGAUCUGUUUUUCCCAGCAGCGGUAGGAGUUAUAGUCAGAGUAUUAUGGUUGGCUGUGAUAUCCAUGAUCUAUGGCUUUGAAAAUGAUGAGAUCAAAUAUUGUAAUGCUUGGCUGGAGUUACGGUUGUUUUUCAUUGGAGUAAUUGUUUUGACGAGUCUGAUAAUUCUGAAUGAAAUUGCCAUCAUCUACAUCAGCAUGCAGGGAACCUUGUCUGAUGCACGACCUCGGCACCACAUGCCAAUAUUUCUGUAUAUCCAACUUGCGCUGUAUUUGCCAGAACUUUUGUGGACUAUCCUUGGUACUUACUGGGCAGUUAAUAGCAGCUCUGACUGUGAGGUAAGCUUGACAAUUGCUGUCUGGGUUUCGGUGGCUCUGGAGUGGUCCAUCUUGUUGGCUGUUUUCAUUGGUGUUUUGGUACUGUUUGAUCCGUUGGGCCAUGUUGACAACGAUCCUUUUGGAAGAGAGUUUUCAUCUACUAUGCAAGAAUCAGCAAAGGAGCUUUGGGAGAAAAGAUGCCGUUGGCUGUGUUGCUUUUUCACUGGUAGAGAUGAUCAGUACCUGAGUGCAGUGUCUGACAUUGCUGAUAUAUUGGCAUCUGAACUUCAUGAUGUAGAUUUGGUACCUUCUGAUAUUGCUGUUGGUCUCAUUCUUCUUCAAGAUGAACAAGAACGAGAACAAGCAGAAAGGAGGACAAAAGGAGAGGUGAGGAAUACUGAGGCUGCAGUUAAUAAUGGUAUUUACGAGGUGCCAUUUUAUGUAGCAGUGGAUCAUGAUCACCAGGCAGUUGUGGUGUCCAUUCGUGGCUCUCUCUCGAUGCAGGAUGCGUUGACUGACCUAACAGGGCAGCAAGAAGAAUUGAACAUUGAAGGAGUGGAGACUUGCCACGCGCAUAAGGGGAUUCUCCGAUGUGCACGUUAUGUAAAGUCAGUCCUGGAGAAAAGAGAACUCCUUCAGAGUGCUUUCUCAAGAGCUGGCGAGAAUUAUCGUCUAGUGAUCGUGGGUCAUUCACUGGGUGCUGGGACGGCAUCGUUGUUAUCAGUCCUUCUCAAACCAGCUUAUCCUGACCUGAUUUGCUUUGCCUACUCCAAUCCUAGUGUGCUUAGUGCUCCGGCCACGCCAUACUGUGAAGAUUUUAUCGUAUCCGUUGUUCUUGGCAAGGAUGCCGUUCCCAGGAUGGGAGUUAAAAGUGGUGACGAAUUACGACAAGAUCUCGUGUCAAUUAUCAGGAGAUGUUCUGUGCCGAAGGUUGGAGCUGAAAUUGUUUUUCUCUGUUCCUCCACUCUAGAGAAACACGUUUCAAGGUGGCUCAAAACAGUUUCCAACACUUAGAUUUUGAUGAGUCAUUAUAACUAUUCUUUAUCACUUGAUGCUACAGUCAUGGUAUCAACACACUGCCCAAUCAUUGGUGAACACGCAACUUUUGGCCAAGGUUAAAAACUUCUGUACAUAGAGUUCAGAGCCACCUUAAAUUUUCAAAACUUUAAGGUGGCUCUGAACCCUAUGUACCGAUUUUUUUAAAACUUUGGUAGAAGUUGCGUCUUAUCUUACUUACUAAAAUUUGAUAUUAUAAAAAAUUCUCACCGUGCCGUUUUUGAAUUAUAAGCCCCUAAAGCUAUAAUUAAGGGUGUUAUUAACAGGCCAUACUGUUGCUACGGUAACCUAUUGUGUCACGAAAAUGAUAAAAACGUGUUCACCAAUGA